UUUCAGGUAGAAUGAGUAAAAAAAAAAAAAAGCAAGUGCAAAAAUCCUAAGCGGGGCAUGGUUUGUGAGUUUAGGAAAAAGCAAGGAAGUUAAUAGGAUGAGCAGGUUAAUAGAGGUAGUAGACUGGAUUAUGUAAGGGACUUAUAGACUAUGGUAAAGACUUGGAAUGCUGUUCUGCUUACUGUUGCUGUGUAAAAAUUAUCCCAAAACUUAGUAUCUUAAAGCAAUUGUUCUAUUAUUCUCUUAGGUUCUGUAGGUCAGGAAUUCAACCAGUGCCCAGUAAGGAUAGCUUGUCUCUGUUCCAUGAUGUCUGGGGUUGCUGCUGGAAAGAUACAAAGGCUGAGGUGGGUGGUGGUUUUGUGACAUCAGGGGCUGGAAUCAUCUGUGAGCUCAUUCAGUUCCAUGUCUGGUGUCUGGGUGAGAUGACUUAAAGAGUAGAACUGCCAACUGAAGUGCCUACAUGUCACCUCCCCCUGAGGUUUUGCUUCCCCACAGCCUGGCAGCCUCAGGGUGGUUACGCAUUCUUAGAAGGCAGUUCAGGGCUCUAGGCAUGAGUGUUCCAGCAAAUAAGCAGAAGCUGCAUUGCUUUUUAAUGACCCAGCAUCAAAAGCCACACAACGUUAUUUCUGCUGUACUCUACUAUUUGAAGUAGACACAAACCCAUCCUGAUUCAUAGACCCCACCUCUUCAUAUGAGGAGUUUCAGAGAAUUUUAGGACAGUGUUUUAAAACCACCACAGAUGCCAUUAAAGCAUUUUGAGCAGAAGAGUGAUAUGAUCUUCACUUACGCUUUAGAAGUACCUCUCUGGUUUCUCUGUGGAAUAUAGACUGAAGGUGGUGGACAAGAUUAGGAAUAGAAGGAUCAGUUAAAAAGAAUUGCAAGAGUCUAGGUAGGAGAUGGAAAUAGCUUUGAUUAAGAUAAUAGCAUGAAAGUAGUGAUAAAGGGUCAGAUUUGAAAUAUAUUUGGAAGAUAGUAUAGACCAAAUUUACAGAUGGAAUGCACAUGGGGUGUGAGAGAAAGAAGAAUCAAGAAUGACUCCAAAGUGUUUGGCUUGAACAACUGGGUCAGAGGUGGUGGUGUUUACUGAGAUGGGAAACACUAGGGGAAGAGAAAGUUUUCACCUGGGGGGUUCACAAAUUCAGCUUUGGACAUAGUUUAUAAAAUGCCUGUUAGACGUCGAAAUGGAGAUGUCUGUUACGGAGUUUGUGUGUGUGUAUGUGUACGUAUGAGUGUGUGUGUUAGAGGAUAGAUACGAUCUAGAAAUAUAGAUGCUAUUUAAGGCUGUGGGAGUAUAAGAUUAUGCAAGGAGUAAAUGCAGAUAAAGAAAUUGAGCCCCAGUAGAGAUUAGGAAGAUGAGUAGAAGUAGAAGUGAACGUGAAUGCAGGAUAAAAAUACAGUAAAGAACACGUUUCAAGAAAGAAGGGAUAUUAACUUGGCUAAAUGCUGCUGAAAGUUUGAGUAAGAUGAGAAUUGAAUUGAUAAAUAACUAUUAGAUUUGGCAACACGAAGGUGUUCUAGUUAACCUAGUGCUGCUGUAACAGAAAUGCCACAAGUGCAUGGCUUUGACACAGAGAAGUUUAUUUUCUCACAGUAAAGUAGGCUAAAAGUACAAAUUCAGGGUGUUAGCUCCAGGGGAAGGCUUUCUCUCUGUGUCCGCUCUGGAGGAAGGAGAGCAAGGUCUUUCUCGUCAAUCUUUCCCUGGACUAGGAGCUUCUCUGCACGGGAACCCCAGGUCUAACGGAUGCACUCUGCUCCCGGUGCUUCUUUUCUUGGUGAUAUGAGGUCCCCAGCUCUCUGCUUGCUUCCCUUUCCUUUUUAUCUCUUGAGAGAUAAAAGGUGGUACAGGCUACACCCCAGGGAAACUCCCAUUACAUUGGAUCAGGGAUGUGACCUGAGUAAGGGUGGUGUUACAAUCCUACCCUAAUCCUACAAUCACAAAAUGGAGGACAACCACACAAUGCUAGAAAUCAUGGCCCAGCCAAAUUGAUACACACAUUUUUGGGGGAGGCAUAAUUCAAUCCAUGACACCUGGAAAACAAUGACCUCUUUAUAUUGGUGGGGACAAAACCUGAACUGCAGUGGUUUCAAGAGAAAAUGGAAGGAGUGAAACUGGAUACAGUGAGUAUAGACAACUCUUCAUGAGGAAUUUUGCUGUAGAAGGGUCCAAGGAAAUGGUGCAGUAACUGGAAUAGGACAAGAGGCCAUGGGAAGGUUUCCUCAAAGUGAGAAAUAUUACACCAGGUUAAUAUAAUAAUGGAAUGAUUCUCAACCCUUGCUGGAUACUGGAGUUCUUUAAAAUGUAAUUUAUGAUUGUUGUCGAGAAUGUACACUGCAAAAACACUAAUUCAGGUUUUCGACAUGUAUAUUUCAGUGAUACUGAUUACAUUCUUUCAGUUGUGCAACCUUUUUCCCCCUCCUUUCCUGAGUUGUUCCUCCUCCGUUAACAUAAACUCACUUCCCCCUAAGGUUCCUAUCUAAUCUUUUGAGAUGCUGUUGUCAGUUUGAUCCCAUAUAGACAUCAAAAGAGCAUAAUCCUCUGGGCAGACAUUCUUUAUUAAUUAGGCUUAACUGUUGUUGAGUUUUAAGAAGACUACAGGGGAUAUUUUUGGUUUAAGGUUUAGAGAUUAUGUCAGGACAAUAGUUUCAGAGGUUUGUCCAGCCUCCAUGGCUUCAGAAAGCCUGAGUCCAUGAGAAUUUGAAAAUUCUGUUCUGCAUAUCCCCCCUGUUGAUCAGGAUUCAUCUAUAGAAUUUUUGAUCUAAAUGUUCAGUCAUGGUAGCCAGGCACCAUCCAUUUCUUCUGGUCUUAUGGCAGAGGAGGCACAGAGACAAUUUAGGCACUCAUUCAUAAUGGAGACCUUUUAAAUGUAUGGAUGCCUGAGCUGUGUGGCCGCCAGUUAAAUUCGAUUGUUUACAAGUGGGGCCCAGGGUAUGUAUGUAUGUAUGUGUGUAUGUGUGUGUCUGUUUUACAUUUCCUCAGAUAAUUCUAAUAUGCAUACAAGGUUGAUCUGCUCUGCAAUAGAUUAGUGAAAGUAAAAGUUAAGUAGAUGGGUUAAACAGCUCAACAUAGCUGAAGAGAAAAUUAGGGAUACUAGGAGAAAAUUACACAAAAGUGCAGCAUAGAGACACAAAGAAAUGGAAAAAAUUUUUAAAUGGCUGAGAUACUGUCUUAGUUAUCUAGUGCUGCUAUAACAGAAGUACCACAAAUGGAUAGCUUUAACAAAGAGAAAUUUAUGUUCUCACGGUCUGCUAGGCUAGAAGUCCAAAUUCAGGACAUCAGCACCAGAGGGAGGCUUUCUUUUUUCUGUCAGCUCUGGAGAAAGGUCCUUCUCCUCAGUCUUCCCUUGGACUAGGAGCUUCUCUUUGCAGGAGCCCUGGGUCCAAAGGACGCACACUUUGCUCCCGGUGCUGCUUUCAUGGUGGUAGAAGGCCCCCCUGUCUCUCUGCUCACUUCUCUCUUUUAAAUCUCAAAAGAGACUGGCUUAAAACACAGUCUAAUCUUGUAGAUCUCAUCAAUAUAACUGCCCAUCUCAUUAACAUCAUAAUGAUAGGAUUUACAACAUAUAGGAAAAUCGUAUAAAAUGACAAAAUGGUGGACAGUCACACAAUACUGGGAAUCAUGGCACAGCCAAAUUGAUACACGUAUUUUUGGGUGACACAAUUCAAUCUAUGACAGAUGUAGAGACUAAAAUGAGAUGGUCCAAGAUAACAUCUCAUAGGGAUUCCAGGCCCCCACAUGUCUGUCAGUUUGUUGUACUGUAGGGGCUUGCGUGUUGUGUGAUGCUGGAAGCUAUGCCACCAGUGUUCAGAUACCAGCAGAGUCACACAUGGAGGACAGGUUUUAGCUGAGCUUCCAGAAUAAGACACACUAGGAAGAAGGACCCAGCAGUCUACUUCUGAAAAGCAUUAGCCAGUGAAAACCUUAUGAGUAGCAGCGGAACAUUGUCUGAUACAGUGCUGAAAGAUGAGCCCCCAAGUUUGGAAGGCACUCAAAAGAUGACUGGGGAAGAGUUGCCUCCUCAAAGUAGAGUCGACCUAAAUGAUGUGGAUGGAGUAAAGCUUUCGGGACCUUCAUUUGUUGAUGUGGCACGACUCAAAGUGAGAAGAAACAGCUGCAAACAUCCAUUAAUAAUCGGAACCUAGACUGUACGAAGUGUGAAUCUAGGAAAAUUGGAAAUAGUCAAAAAUGAAAUGGAACGCAUAAACAUCUAUAUCCUAGGCAUUAGUGAGCUGAAAUGGACUGGUAUUGGCCAUUUUGAAUCGGACAAUUAUAUAGUCUACUAUGCUGGGAACGACAACUUGAAGAGGAACGGUGGUGCAUUCAUCUUCAAAAAGAACAUUUCAAGAUCUAUCCUGAGGUACAACACUGUCAGUGAGAGGAUAAUAUCCAUAUGCCUAACAAGGAAGACCAGUUAAUAUGACUGUUACUCAAAUUUACGCACCAACUACUAGGGCCAAAGAUGAAGAAAUAGAAGAUUUUUAUCAGCUGCUGCAGUCUGAAAUUGGUCGAAAUGCAAUCCGUAUGCACUGAUAAUUACUGGUGAUUGGAAUGCAAAAGUUGGAAACAAAGAAGAAAGAUCAGUAGUUGGAAAAUAUGGCUUUGGUGAUAGAAACAAUGCUGGGGAUCGAAUGAUAGAAUUUUGGAAGACCAAUGACUUCUUCAUUGCAAAUACCUUCUUUUCACCAACAUAAAUGGCGAGUACACACAUGGACCUCACCAGACGGAACACGCAGGAAUCAAAUUGACUACAUCUGUGGAAAGAGACGAUGGAAAAGCUUAAUAUCAUCAGUCAGAACAAGGCCAGUGGCCAACUGUGGAACAGACCAUCAAUUGCUCAUAUGCAAGUUCAAGCUGAAACUGAAGAAAAUCAGCAAGUCCACGAGAGCCAAAAUAUGACCUUGAGUAUAUCCCACCUGAAUUUAGAGACCAUCUAAAGAAUAGAUUUGUCACAUUGAACAGUAGUGACUGAAGACCAGAUGAGUUGUGGAAUGACAUCAGGAACAUCAUGAAUGAAGAAAGCAAGAGGUCAUCGAAAAGACAGGAAAGAAAGGAAAGACCAAGAUGGAUGUCAGAGGAGACUCUGAAACUUGCUCUUGAAAGUCGAGUAGCUAAAGCAAAAGGAAGAAUUGGUGAAGUAAAAGAACCGUACAGAAGAUUUCAGAGGGCGGCUGGAGAAGACCAAGUAUUAUAAUGACAUGUGCAAAGAGCUGGAGAUGGAAAACCAAAAGAACAUGCUUGGUGUUUCUCAAGCUGAAAGAACUGAAGAAAAAAUUCAAGCCUCAAGUUGCAGUAGUGAAGGAUUCCAUGGGAAAAAUAUUAAACGACACAGGAAGCAUCAAAAGAAGAUGGAAGGAAUACACAGAGUCGUUAUAUCAAAAAGAAUUAGUCGAUAUUCAACCAUUUCAAGAGGUGGCAUAUGAUCAGGAACCGAUGGUACUGAAGGAAGAAGUCCAAGCUGCUCUGAAGGCAUUGGCGAAAAACAAGGCCCCAGGAGUUGAUGGAAUAUCAAUUGAGAUAUUUCAACAGACGGAUGCAGCACUAGAGGUUCUCACUCAUCUGUGCCAAGAAAUAUGGAAGACAGCUUCCUGGCCAACUGACUGGAAGAGAUCCAUAUUUAUGCCUCUUCACAAGCAAGGUGAUCCAACCAAAUAUGGAAAUUAUAGAACAAUAUUGUUAAUAUCACAUGCAAGCAAAAUUUUACUGAAGAUCAUUCAAAAACGGCUGCAGCAGUAUAUCAACAGGGAACUGCCAGAAAUUCAGGCUGGUUUCAGAAGAGGACGUGGAACCAGGGAUAUCAUUGCUGAUGUCAGAUGGAUCCUGGCUGAAAGCAGAGAAUACCAGAAGGAUGUUUACCUGUGUUUUAUUGACUAUGUAAAGGCAUUUGAUUGUGUGGAUCAUAACAGUUAUGGAUAACAUUGCCAAGAAUGGGAAUUCCAGAAUACUUAAAACUGUGCUCAUGAGGAACCUUUACAUAGAUCAAGAGGCAGUUGUUCAGACAGAACAAGGGGAUACUGGUUGCUUUGAAGUCAGGAAAGUUAUGCGUCAGGGUUGUAUUCUUUCACCAUACCUAUUCAAUCUGUAUGCUGAGCAAAUAAUCCGAGAAGCUGGACUAUAUGAAGAAGAACGGGGCAUCAGGAUUGGAGGAAGACUCAUUAACAACCUGCAUUAUGCAGAUGACACAACCUUGCUUGCUGGAAGUGAAGAGGACUUGAAGCACUUACUAAUGAAGAUCAAAGACCACAGCCUUCAGUAUGGAUUGCACCUCAACAUAAAGAAAACAAAAAUCGUCACAGUUAGACCAGUGAGCACCAUCAUGAGAAACGGAGAAAAGAUUGACGUUGUCAAGGAUUUCAUUUUACUUGGAUCCACAAUCAACAGGCAUGGAAGCAGCAGUCAAAUCAAAAGACGCAUUGCAUUGGGGAAAUCUGCAAAGGACCUUUUUAAAGUGUUGAAAAACAAAGAUGUCACCUUGAAGACUAAGGUGCGCCUGACCCAAGCCAUGGUAUUUUCAAUCGCAUCAUAUGCAUGUGGAAGCUGGACAGUGAAUGAGGAAGACCAAAGAAGAAUUGAUGCCUUUGAAGUGUGUUCACGAAGAAUAUUGAAUAUAUACCAUGGACUGCCAAAAGAACGAACAAAUCUGUCUUAGAAGAGGUACAACCAAGAAUGUUCCUUAGAAGCAAGGAUGGUGAGACUGCAUCUUACAUACUUUGGACAUGUUGUCAGGAGGGAUCAGUCCCUGGAGAAGGACAUCAUGCUUGGCAGAGUACAGGGUCAGCAGAAAAGAGGAAGACCCUCAAGGAAGUGGGUUGACACAGUGGCUGCAACAAUGAGCUCAAGCAUAACAAGGGCUGUAAGGAUGGCGCAGGACCGGGCAGUGUUUCGUUCUGUUGUGCGUAGGGUCGCUAUGAGUCAGAAUGGACCCGUGGGCACCUAACAAUGACAACAGCAACAGGGAUUCCAGGAUAGAAGUGAGAAAUUGGAGGUUAGCGAUAUUUGAAGAGAUAGUGGCUGGAAUUUUCCAGAAUUGCUAAAUAUAAGAAUUGUCUGUUUCAGGAAAAAACAGUAAAUUCUCAAAGAGUGUAUAAAACUGGACACAUUAGUAAUGCUAUAGUUUUAUAGAACAUCAAAGUCAAAGAGUUCAUGAAAGCAACCAGAAAGGAGAAAAUUGAUUAUCACAAAGGAAUGAACAUUAGAAUUUAAGCAAGCUUCUCAAUGGAACAAGAAGCAAGGGAAAUAUUUUUUAAAUACAUUACAGAAAAUAAGUCAUCCAGACCUCUAUACUCAUUCAAGAGUAUAGAUGAGAAGGCAGGAAAGGGUGGCAAUUCUGGACAAAAGGAAAUGGGAACCUAGGAUGGAAAUGGGAGAAGGGCAGGCGCAUUGUGGGGAAUGGAACCGGUGUUAUGGAACACUUUGUGUACAAACUAUCAAACGGGAAACUAAUUUGCUAUGUAAGCUUUCACCUACUGUAUAGUAAAAAAAAUUUUUUUUAAGUCAGUUGUCCAUGCAGGUGUGGGUUUAUGGCUGAACUUUCUGUUCCAUCGAUCCCUUUGGCUGUCUUUGUACCAGUACCACUCUGUUGAUUACUGUAGCUUUAUAAUAACUCCUGAAAUUAGAUAAUGUCACCCUCUAAUGACAUGGAUUGACACAGUAGCUGCAACGGUGGGCUCAAACAUAGCAAAGAUUGUGAAGAUGGUUCAGGACCAGGCAGUGUUUCAUUCUGUUGUACAUAGGGUCGCUGUGAGUUGGAACUGACUUCCACAGUACCUAACAACAACAGCCCGCUAAACUUUGUUCUUUUUCACAAUUGUUUUGGCUAUCCUGGGAUCUUUGCAUUUCUGUAUGAAUCGUAAAAUCAGCUUCUCAAUUAAAAAAAAACCAAACCCACUGCCAUCGAGUCGAUUCUGACUCACAUUGAUCCUAUAGAACAGAGUAGAACUGCCCCCAUAGAGUUUCCAAGGAGCACCUGAUGGAUUUGAACUGCUGACCUCUUGGUUAGCAGCCAUAGCACUUAACCACUACACCACCGGGGUUUCCAUAUGUACUUAAAAAGCCUGCUGAGAUUUUGACUGGCAUUGUUUUGAAUCUGUAAAUCCGUUUGGAAAGAAUUGAAAUCUUAACAGUAUUGAGUCUCCUGAUCCAUGAACAGGGUGUAUCUAUUUAGAUCUUCUUUAAUUUCUCUAAGCAAUAUUUUAUAGCUUUCAUUAUACAAAUCUUCCACAUUUUUCUUAGAUUAAAUGUUUUAUAUUUUAAUGCUAUUAUAACUGGCAUUUUUUUUAAUUUUACUUCCCAAUAAUUUCUUGCUAGUAUAUUUUUUAUGUUGAUCUUGUAUCUUGCAAUUUUGUUUAACUCACUCCUUAGUUCUAGUAGUUUCUUUGGUACAGUCCCUCAAAUUUUCUACAUAGAUGAUCAUGCUAUCUGCAAAUAAUCUGAAUCCCUUUUCUUUAUUUUUCUUGCCUGAUAGCACUAGCGAGAACUUCCAGUACAAUAUUGAUUACAAAUGGUAAGAUUGAACAUGCCUGUCUUGUUUCUGACCUUAGGUAGAAAACAUUGUCUUUCAUCAUUAAGUAGCAUGUUAGCUACAGAUUUUUCGUAGAUGCUCUUUAUCAGGCUGAGGGAGUUCUCUUCUAUAUACUUAGUUUAUUGAGAGUUUUUUUUAUCAGUAAUGUAUGUUGGAUUUUGUCAAAUGGCGCAGCGGUUAAGUGCUAAUAUGGUUGCUAACCAAAGGGUUGGUAGUUCGAAUCUGCCAGGCACUCCUUGGAAACUCUGUGGGGCAGUUCUACUCUGUCCCAUAGGGUCGCUAUGAAUCGGAAUCUACUCGACGUCACUGGAUUUGGUUUUUUGGUUUGGUUCUCUUUAUCUGUGGAGAUGACCACAGCGUUUUUCUUUUUUAGUUCACAGCAUAGUGACUUUGAGUUUUGAAUGCUAACAACCUCGCAUGCCUCAGGCAAACUCCCUUAGUCAUGCUGUCUUAUCCUUUUGCUAUUGUUGAAGACAAUUUUGCUAACAAUUUUCUUUAGGAUUUUUGCAACUGUGUUCAUGGGGGAUAUUGGCCGGUACUUAUUUUUUUUUUUUCCUUUUCAUAUAAUGCCUUAGUCUAGUUUUGUUACCGGGUUUUGUUACUGUCACUUCAUAGAAUGAUUUGGAAAGCAUUUCCUUAAGUUUUCAGAAGCUUGUGUAGAAUUGGUAUCAUUUUUUCCUUAAAUGUUUGGUAGAAUUCACCAGUGCAGCCAUCUGGGCCUGGGAUUUUCUUCGUGGGGAUGUUUCUAAGUAUAAUUUCAAUUCCUUCAAUAGAUACAGGACAGUUGACACUAUAUGCUUCUUCUUGAUUGAGCCUUGGUAGUUUGUGUCUUUCAAAGAAUUUUUCCAUUUCAUCUAAGUUGUUGAAUUUGGUGGCUGCAUAAAGUUCACAGUGUUUCAUUAUUAUCCUUUUAAUGUUUGCUGAAUUUGUAGUGAUGUCAACUUUUUGAUUCCUAAUACUGGUAAUUUAUGCCUUCCCUCUUUUUUUUUCUUCAUCUAUCUUAGAGGUUGAUCAGUUUUAUUAACCUUAAAGAACCAGCUUCUGCUUUUAUUGAUUUUUCUCUGUUCUUCUGUUUUAUUGAAUAUCAUUUUGCAUUUCAUUAUUUCCAUUCUUCUGUUUGUUUUGGUUUAAAUUUGGUCUUUUCUAGUUUCUUAUAGUAGAUGCUGAGGUCAUUGUUAUCUUUUUUUUUUCUCCCUAAUAUAGGCAUUUAGUUUUCUAAACUCCCCCCAUUAUUAUUGCUUUAGCAACAUCUCAGAGAUUCUGAUAUAUUGUGUUUUCAUUUUCAUUCACUUGAGAUCAUUCUGAUUUCUUCUUCAACCCAUCGAUUAUUUAGAAGUACGUUAUUUAGUUUUCAAAUAUUUGAGAAUUCCCUGCAAAUCGUCCUGUUACUGAUUUCUGAUUUCAUUAUGGUCAGAAAAAUCCUUUGACUUGAAUUCUUUUGAAUUUAUUGAGGCUUUUUUUAUGACCUAGAAUAUGAUCCAUUUUGGUAAAUAUUUUGCAUGUACUUAAGAAUAUUCAUUCUCCUGUUUUGGGGUGGAGGGUUCUAUAUUGUCUGUUGGGUUAAGGUGUUUGGUGGUGUUUGAGUCUACUGUAUCCUUGCUGAUUUCCUGCUUGCUUGUUCUAUCCAUUAUUUAGAGUGGGGUAUAGAAAUCUUCAACUCUAAUUGUGGAUUUCUCUUUGGAGUUCUUUUAGUAUUUGCUUCAUGUAUUUUGAAGCUCUCUAAUUAGGUGCAUAAAUAAUUUGAAUUAAUCCUCUUGACCCCACUUUUUUUUAAUCCUUGGCAAUAUUCUUUGUUCUAGAUCUUCAGCCUGAUAUUAAUGUAGUCCUUCCAGCCUUCUUUUGACAGGUGGUAGCAUGGAUGGAUAGAAUGACAGAAGAUGCUCUUCGCCUGAAUCUGUUGAAGCGGAGCUUGGACCCAGCAGAUGAGCGAGAUGAUGUCCUGGCAAAGCGGCUCAAAAUGGAGGGGCAUGAGGCCAUGGAACGUCUGAAAAUGUUGGCGCUACUCAAAAGGAAGGAUUUGGCAAACCUUGAGGUGUCACAUGAGCUACCCACCAAACAGGAUGGCAGUGGUGUCAAGGGCUAUGAAGAGAAACUCAAUGGGAAUCUCAGGCCUCAUGGAGACAGCAGGACUGGUGGAAGGCCAGGCAAAGAAAACAUCAAUGAUGAGCCUGUGGAUAUGAGUGCUAGACGAAGUGAGCCAGACCGAGGAAGGCUAACCCCCUCCCCAGACAUCAUUGUUUUGUCUGACAAUGAGGCGUCCAGUCCCCGUUCCAGCUCCCGAAUGGAAGAAAGACUCAAAGCAGCCAACCUAGAGAUGUUUAAGGGGAAAGGCAUUGAGGAACGGCAGCAGCUCAUCAAGCAACUGAGGGAUGAACUGCGAUUGGAAGAAGCCCGAUUGGUGCUGUUAAAGAAACUGAGACAGAGUCAGCUACAGAAGGAGAAUGUGGUCCAGAAGACUCCAGUUGUACAGAAUGCAGCAUCUAUUGUUCAGCCAUCUCCUGCCCACGUGGGGCAGCAGGGCCUAGCCAAGCUUUCCUCUCGGCCUGGGGCCCAAGGGGUUGAACCUCAGAAUUUGAGAACAUUACAGGGUCACAGUGUCAUCCGUUCAGCAACCAACACCACCCUUCCACAUAUGUUGAUGUCUCAACGUGUUAUUGCCCCAAACCCAGCUCAGCUACAGGGUCAGCGGGGCCCACCUAAACCUGGCCUUGUACGCACCACGACACCCAACAUGAACCCUGCCAUCAAUUACCAACCGCAAUCAAGUUCUUCUGUUCCCUGUCAGCGAACAACAUCGUCUGCCAUCUAUAUGAACCUUGCCUCCCAUAUCCAGCCAGGGUCAGUGAAUAGAGUGUCCUCACCACUUCCUAGCCCCAGCGCCAUGACUGAUGCUGCCAACUCACAGGCUGCAGCCAAACUGGCUCUUCGCAAACAGCUGGAAAAGACACUCCUGGAGAUUCCACCCCCUAAACCUCCUGCUCCCUUGCUUCACUUCCUGCCUAGUGCAGCCAAUAGCGAGUUUAUCUACAUGGUAGGCUUAGAAGAAGUGGUACAGAGUGUCAUUGACAGCCAAGGCAAAGUCUGUGCCUCACUUCUGCGGGUCGAACCCUUCGUAUGUGCCCAGUGCCGCACAGAUUUCACCCCCCACUGGAAGCAGGAGAAGAAUGGUAAGAUUCUGUGUGAGCAGUGUAUGACCUCCAACCAGAAGAAGGCUCUAAAGGCUGAACACACCAACCGGCUGAAAAAUGCUUUUGUUAAAGCCCUACAGCAGGAACAGGAAAUUGAACAGCGAUUACAGCAGCAGGCAGCCCUUUCCCCCACUACGGCUCCAGCUGUGUCCAGUGUCAGUAAACAAGAGACCAUCAUGAGACAUCAUACGCUUCGGCAGGCUCCACAGCCCCAGAGCAGCCUCCAGCGUGGCAUACCCACAUCUGCCCGCUCCAUGCUUUCCAACUUUGCACAGGCACCCCAGCUGUCUGUACCAGGUGGCCUCCUUGGCAUGCCAGGUGUCAACAUUGCAUACUUGAACACUGGCAUCGGAGGACACAAAGCCCCCAGUUUGGCAGACCGACAGCGGGAAUACCUUUUAGACAUGAUCCCACCCCGGUCUAUAUCGCAGUCCAUCAGUGGACAGAAAUAACGCCUGUUCCAUUUGUCCUGCCCCAUCCUUGAACCCUUGACCCUUUUCCUCUCCUAUUGCCCCCAACUUCCGUCGCAUGCAGUGCCUGUACUGGUGCCUACCAUACACGGAAAACAAAACAGAAAAACAGAAGACAAAAAAUAGAAAUCAACAAGAAAACACACGUGCCCUGCCCCGCACCUUCCCCUAUUUCGUACUGCUGCGAUCUGUUCUCCUGCCGCUCUGUCUUCUCUCUUCAGUUUCCUUUAACAGUGAGGUGGGUCUUCAUCUCUGAUAGAGGUCAGAGUGAAGUCCUGGGGAGAAUCUAUGCCCUCUGACGUGUGUUUCUAAAGUUUGUUUUUAUGGUAUAAUUAUUAUUUUUAAUGAUGACGUGUGUCCUCCCUUUGUUCAGUGAACGGUUAAACCUCUUAUUUUUCCCCAAUUUUUUUUUUCUUUUUUUUACAACACAAAUGACACUCAGUUAAAUGAUAGGAGUGUUGUAGUUGGGUCCCCAGCUGCCAAGUAGGACAUGACUGGGACUGUUAGGGGCAGAGGUUUGGAAUGCACUUAACCCAAGGCGAAGGGGAGCUGGGGGCAUCAAAUGAGGAGGAACAGCAUCCCAGCUGUGGCUGUUUCUGUACUGGAGAAUUUGGGAGACAGUGUUGAAGUUGGGCUCUAAGAAUGAGGGGAAAGCGCCUGGAGGGCGAAGCUGUAACACCCAACACCCUGGAAUUUAUCUGUGGAGGAGAGGGAGGAUGGGUGUGAUGAUGAACAUAAUGUUGAGCCAGGGAGGACUGAGUGCGGGUCCUGGCCGUAUUGAUGCUGGGGGAAUAAGAUUGGUCUCCUGACCCCAGUGGGGACACAGAAGUCUAUUCCAGGCCAACUAGCCCAAAUUCAUUUCAUCUUACUUUCUUUGUAAAAUUCCCUCCCAUCCCCCUUUUUUAAAUCUUAGUCUGUCCCCUCUAACCACAGCCCCCUUCUGUAUAGAGGAUGGCUAUAGCCAUGCUGUUCCCAGGCAGUUUGCUGGGUGUCCUAGAAGUUGGAAUGGGCAUUGAGUGAGUGAAGUAACAACAGGGGGAAAAUCAUCUUGGAGGAAGGAAGUUGGGGUUUCUCUCCUAGCAGUUGGGAAAUAACAAAAGGGGGGAAAUCAACUUGGAGGAAGGAAGUUGAGGUUUCUCUCCUAGCAGUUGGGAUUCUCACAUUUGUCUAUCCCCUACCCUCUGAGUGCCGGGAGAUGAGGGUGAGGCUAUCUAGUCGGGUUGGAGUCCUCCCUUGACUCUGCUUCACAAACUGCAAGACCCAACUGCUCAAAGCCAAACAACUCAUAACAAAACCAACUUUGGACCUCUGCUAUAAAAGUAGUUAUUGGAGUUUUUUUUUUUUUUUUUUUUUUACCAGAAUUCUAUUAAUUUUGCUUUAUUGUUUUUAUUUUUUUUCUUAAGUGCUACUAAUGUAGAGAAUGAAUUGAAUUGUGCAAUGUUGCUGUUUGCGGGGUUGGGGAGAUUAGCAACCCAUUUGUCCCCAUUAUGGGGAAAAGGGGAGGGGGCCAGGCUGUUUCUGAGGUAAAGGAAGCCCCUUAAAGGUCAGGGUUUCAGCUCUCCUCAUGGUGUACACACGCCGGGCUCUCCAGCUCUAAAAGCUGCCCAAGUGCGCGCUGAAGGGAGUCUCUCAGCAGAGAGGUGUGAGGAGGAGUGUAAUAUUUUGCCCUUGAAAGCCACCUGGGGAUGUUCCUCCACUUUUGUUUUUAAAAGUUAAAUAAUUCUUUUAAAGUAAGGCACUUUUAAAAUUAACACACACACAAGCUGCACAUCUUUCCCCUUAAAGUUUGGAGGUGGAGUGGGAGAAAGAGCUGGAAUCAGGCUCAGUUCCCUCCACUGGCCUCUACAACCAACACCCCAGUACCACUGUGGGUGAUUAUACUGGCCCUACGGGCCUUCCUGGCUUUUUUGUCUUUCUUCCCUUCCCCCAAAUUCAUUGAGCACUUAAUAAAGGAGCAGAGAUGCAGCCUGUGUCUGGGCUCCCCCAGUGGUGAAAUGAUCUGGAAGCUAGACGCUAGUAACAGGUAGUGAUGGGGUCGUUUUCGAGUAUUUUUCUGGGGAAUGUGGUACCCCUGACUGUAAGUGGUGGGGGAGGGAGGGGGUUAAUGGAACUGGGUCUGGGAUUAUUUUAAAAUUAUAUAUAUAUAUAUAUAAAGAUAUAUUCUUACAUCUUUUCUUUGCCCUCUGUGCUUUGAAAGCACUGGAUAAAUCGUUUGGUUUUGUUUUUCACUCUUCCACAAAAUUGGAAGCUAAUUUUUUUAAUGUUUUCCCUGCAAGUCAUCUUGCCUUGUGGCAUGUCUGUCUAGCCAUCCCCCCACCCAUGAUGAAGUGCCAUUUCUGUUAAUGUCUCUCUCUCCCCCAGCUCAGAGGUGCUCAGAGAUACGAGGCGCCCAAGUUUGUCGGUUGAGAUUAAAAGUAAGGAACAAAGAAUGUGCAAUACCGUCUAGCUGGGGGCUGUCCGUGCCCUGAGCUGAGUCCCUUCCCUGGAAGCCAGGCCACCUUUGAAUGGGGUUUGACAGUAAGAUUUAGAGAUAGGGCAUGAUGGCGAAGGAAAGUCUUUGGUCAGAGGUCUGCUGAGGUGCUGGGGGAAGAGGGUGGAGUCUUUCCUCUCUUUAUCCCCUCUGGGUCAGUUACGUAGAAGCUGCUUAAUGACUAGUAGAGCUCUGUGACCCUUCGCUGCGUUGCUGAGGUUUGAUUUCUUUCCCUUCUCUUCUCUCCAUUUUCAUACCCUUCCCAGGGAUUAGUGAUGGGGGUGAGGUCUCCCUAAUCAUGGUAAAAAGUAUUAGCCUUCCACUUCCUCCCUUCCCUCCUGCUCCCCCAACCCUCUGUCUUCCAUAUGUCUCUACUUUUUCAUUACUGAUUGCCUUGUGUCCCUCCAAGUCUAUUUUUUCUGCCCAUCCUCAAGCCUUGGGCCCUGUAGACACUAACCCCCAUGCCGUAAGGAUAGGAGGAAAGGCCCUCUGUUCCCAGAGUCAUCCUUUACCCCUAGAGCUCUGAAGCUCAGGAUAAUAACAGAGUGAGGAUCCCACCAGUUCUGCCUGGCCUCCUUUAUAUCCCCAGAGGAACCCAAAGCAGAAGUUUGUGGGCAGUGUCUUACUCCCUAGAAGCCUGAAAUGGGUGGAUUAGUGGUAAGGCUUGGGUAAAGCUGGGGGGACAGAGGUCCUUAUUUGUCAGUUUAUUUUGUCAUUUGACCACAGCAUCCAGACUCCCUCCACCCCUGGAAUAAGUAUUUUUUCCACAGUUUUGGAUGUGUAUGUAUGGUAGACUUUUUUUUUUUUUUUUUAAGACACAGAGAUAAAUGUUUUCCUGCUUUGGUUACCUUUCCUUUCCCCUUUAAAAGGAAUUAGCUGUAGAACUGCUUUGUAAAGAUGCUUCUUGAUAUUUUACUUUUGUUCCUUCUCCCCCACCACUCCCUUUUCUCCCCGUUCCUCCAGAAGGCAUAACCCUUCUCUCCACACCCCUACCCUGUCCCAGUCCUAGGCUCCCUUCCCCUCCAACAAGACCUUCAUUAGCUUAUGAUAUUUGCUGCCGAGAUGUUAUAACAAGGAUUCAUUCGUGUAUAUAAGCUAUUUCUUGAUCCAUUUAAAAGGAAUUGUACAUUGUGUAGAAAAAAAAAAAAACCUGAAAAAGAGAAAAAAAAAAAAAAAAAGCCCUAGCCAUGGAUAUUGUGAAACCGUGUUAUGUCAUUUUGUAAUGUGCCCGUUUGUGUAUGAUCCGUGCAAAAGGGUUUCUGGGGAAGGGGCGGGGGUAGGGAGGCAGGGCUGUGGAGGGUGGGUAGGGGAGUGGGCCUGGCCCAGCACACUGAGACUGGCAGCAGCUCCAACCCUAUCCCUCCUUAGAGAUGCCACCUCCCCCACCACCCACCCCUAAUUUGUGCCUUGCCUCCCCACCCUGGAGGAGUCCCUCCAGGUCACCAGCACUGCCUUGGCAGAGCCCACUCCCUACCCUAACCUGCCCACCCUCCCUACCCCCCAGCAUUAGGGUGAUACUGUGGGGAAGUGCUGGGGAUUGGGAGGUAGCCGAGGGAUGGGGCAGUUCCUGGGGGCAUCGAAACCAAGUAUUAUUAUGAAUUGUAAUUGUAUUUGCACUGUUUUUUUUUUCCUCUGAUUGCAUCAGCAUAUAUACAAUAUACCUGUAUAACAAAAUUCAGUGUCAAACUUUCUUAUGCAAGGGAUUUCCCCUGCCCCCCCACCAAAAAAAAAAAAAAGAGAGAAAGAAC